ACUUUUUAAACACUCGCACGUGCUGCGAGUCUUAACCUGUUUCGCUUCCUCAAAGAAAAAGUAAGAGAAGCGCGGGUUUGAAAUUAAUAAUCUAACAAUUCGACUGUAACGUUACUAUAAACAACUCUUUAGAAAACUAACAAAGACUUUCGAAUGAACUCGGACACACAAACGAAACAUGAACAGCCUCUGGAUGGGCAACCUGGAGCCCUACAUGGAUGAAGAUUUCAUCUGCAGAGCUUUUGCUCAAAUGGGAGAAACAGUUGUGAAAAUCAGACUGAUCAGAGACAAAAUAACAGGGAAAAAUGCAGGAUAUGGCUUUGUGGAGCUGGCAGAUGAAACAGCAGUGGAAAGAUGCCUCCGCAAAGUGAAUGGAAAACCUUUACCUGGUGCCACUCCUCCUAAGAGAUUCAAGUUGAGUCGUUCCAAUUAUGGGAAACAAGGUGAAAGCUCUACAUUCUCCCUCUUUGUGUCGGAUCUCACACCGGACGUGGACGAUGGGAUGUUGUAUGAGUUCUUUCAUUAUCAUUUUUCAUCGUGCUGCAGUGGGAAGAUUGUUUUGGACGGCAAUGGACACUCAAAGUGCUGUGGCUUCGUGAGCUUUGAAAGUGAGAGAGAGCAGAAACGAGCUCUGGCUGAUCUCCAAGGGGCUGCUGGACUCGGGAAGAAAGCUUUACGCCUCAGCUUGGCUUCAAGUAGAGUGAAUAAGAAGAAAGAGCCCUCCGAGAACCAAAUUUGGCAGUUUCAUUCAGACAGCAAGAACGUCUCAUAUAUAAACCAGUACUAUUACCCACAGAACCUCAGCUAUUCAUCUACAUAUGACUGGAACUACAGUUUGGACUACUCAAAUCCAUCCCAGAACGUAACACAGUGUGAACAGAUAGAAGAUGAUGACCUAGAGUAUCCAGACUCUGAGAUAAAUGUGACUGAGGCAAAUGAGACAUUUAUGGCCCAGAGUGAGGAACUAUACAGUGCUCUAAUUGGCUGUUUCUUCCAACCUCCUGAAUCGUGGGAAGGUGUAACAUGUAGUGCCUCAAGCUACCUUCCCGAGCCAAUUAAUCAAUAUGAGGAGAUGGACUCCUGUUCGACUAACUGGGUGACAACUUAAUAAAAAAAAAAAAAAAAAAAAAAAAAAACUUAGGUUGACUUUUUUUUGUAAUGAAUUUAGCUUAUGCAAUAUGAUUUGACAUGUUGCUGCUGAAGUAAAAAUUAAUUUAGGUUUAUUUUUAUUUUAUGUUGCAUUUGUUUGAUAAGAAAAUAAGUUUAGUGAGUGACCAACAUAAAUGUAUUCUUGUUUUGUUUUUUCUAUUACAUUCGUUGAAUUAAAUAAAAGCUACAUGAAAAACAUGUACAAUUGCACUAAGAGCAAAAGCUGCUUAAACAUGGAGGGUAGUCAUACCAAAUGUUGUUUAAAGUUCAGUUGAUAGAAGUUAAUAAAGUAUAUGCACACAGACUUUUAAUUUCAGCCAGCCAGCCUAAGCGUGAACUGCCUUUCCAUUAUAAAAUUGCCACGUUUAAAGUCUGAUAUCUUUCAAAAUAAGAGAUCUUUACUGACUGAUAGAUGUACGAUAUAGAGUGGGUCCCAGACCGGAUUAGAAGCACUGCACUAAAUUCCAUUUUCCCCACCAUGUCUUUAAAAUACGAGUUUAUUUUACCCCAGUAUUUUUAAUGGGGUUUCUGUGCUUGGCUGCUGGUACUUACGGUGCUAGCGGUUUUACAGUCUUUCAUCUUGUUUUAUGCUUAAACAACUAAAUGAAUGCUUAAGUCUAUUUAACUGAAUGUAUUGUAAUUACAUUACUACAUCAAUGCUGUAAAAGGAACCUUAUGAAAUGGAAAAAGUUACAUUAAGCAAGUUCAUCUUGGCUGAAAAACACUAGCUGUGCAUAUACCCCAUUGGUAAAGAAAAUCAAUUCAUGAGACUGUUCUUGACAGCAGCAUUUUAUAACAUUUUUAAAUGUGUCUAAAACUUUGUUUUUUUUUUUAUUUUGUUACCACCAUUCUUUUGGUUUUAGUCUUUCUGUGUAAAGCACUGGCUGCUUCUACUCCCUGUGCAAGCAAUAUACAAUAUAUUCUUUGGAUUUAUUAUGCAUGAGUUAAAGUAAAAGUGCAGAUUUGUUUUAUUCUAGAAAGGUCUGAUAACAUUUCCACAUUUCAUAUUAAAAUAGUCAUUUGUAAUUAUUUUUUAUAUAUUUUUAAUUUGGACAGCUGGGCAAUAUAGCAAAUGUUUUCACUUGUUCUGCAAUUUUACUGAUUUUACACAAAUUACAUGCAUAUAUCUUUGUUAGUACUGUAUUAAUAAUGCGUUGUCUAAAAAUAAAACAAGUCUGAUAA